UAUAGAAAUCGAUUCAAAUGAUAUACGUACUGUUAUUCAUGUAAAAGCACUAAUAAUUAAUCUUAUUCAAAAAGCCGGACGCGCAGGACAGAAUGGAAAUAUAGCAAUGUAUAUUGUUUUUUUUAGUAAAAAAGAUAUCUGUACAAACUAUUCUAUAAUAGCAAAAUAUCAGGAAAAGUAUAUUAUUACAAAUGCUUUAGCAAAUGAACAAAAUUAG